AUGAAAAAUUAUGCGGGAAAAGGAGAGCCAGAACGGAAAAGGGAAGAAAAGAGAGCUCCAGGGCGGAGUGGUUAUGCAAAUGGGCACCGCACACACGGAAGAGAUCCCGUCCUCAGAGAGCGCCUGAGAGAGGUUGGCUUCAGCCUGCCUGUGCUAUUUAUCCCUUCCUGUCCCCACUUGGAGUGGGUUUUCCAGAGUUCUCCAUGGAGACUGAUAUCUGCGAUUUUAGGAAUAAUAUGUCUUUCGUUGAUGGCUACUUUGGGGAUUUUGCUGACAAUGUGUUCUGACUGCUGUUCUUGUCCAGAAAAGUGGAUUGGCUACAAAAGCAACUGCUACUUCAUUUCUAAUAAAAAAGAAACUUGGGCAGAAAGUAGAAAUUUCUGUAUUUCUCAGAACUCCACACUGUUUCAUCCGAAAAGCAAAGAUCAGUUGGGUUUUUUGAAAUACAGUCCCCAUUUUUACUGGCUUGGGCUCUCUUACAAUGAAACUGGUGACAUCUGGUUGUGGGAGGAUGGCUCUGCUUUAUCUCAGCAAUUACCUUUAUUCACUUCAACUUUAGAUCGAGAGAAAUGCAUUUUGUAUAGUCCAAUGGAGGAGAUUUUGAAUGAACUUUGUGAGAAAAAAAAUUAUUACAUCUGUCAGCAUUGA